UGAUAUUUCCGGAUUUUCUUUUUGUGAGAAAUCAAUGGAAUCUUCUAAAUAAUAUAUUUAGCAUUAAAAUGCUUAUGUUAACAGUGGGAAAUUACUACUUUAGCAAGAGAACUGUCAACUGGAUUUUGAAUUUUAUUCUGUUUUUGAUUGUUGCCAUUGCCUGGGUGCAUGCAAUUGCUGCUGGUCGAUAUGCAUCCAUACGCUAUCUUAAACAACACUGGUAACUUCAGCAAUCUUCAGCCUAUGAUUAGCAUCUCUUGAAUAACAUGGAGGUAAAGAAUGAAAAUGCUGCUCUCCUCAGUAACUAUGAAGUGUUCAGUUUGAUGACUGACAUUCAGGCUGGUCGGGGACAAAGGAAGCCAAAUAAACAUCAGCAAAAUCUGGCGACAGUCGUCUACGAGACAGUGAAGUAUUUACAGGACACUCCUUGUAAAGUUCAGAGUGAAACUGGGAUACAAGAAUUCAUGAAAGACAUGGCUCCAUACAAACUAACUAAAGCAGAAAAGUUACAGUUGUUAAACCACCGACCCACGACAGCAGUUGAAAUUCAGGUCAUGAUUGAAGAGAGUGAAGAACGUCUUACAGAAGAACAGAUCUAUGAAGUUUUAGACAUUAUUGCUAAACAUCUUCCUGAUCAGAAUGAGACCGACAUGGAGCAAGGUGCUGAGGAGACUGUUCCUGGAGAAACUGACUCUUGAUAAAUGUAUACCAUACACUGCAGUGUUAUGGGGAAAACAUUUCAGAUUUUGUUUUAGCCCUGUAUAUAUAUUUUUUUUUUUAACAUCAAUUUGUCUGGCAUCCAUACGUUGUCCAUCUGUCUGUUGACUUGAGAUUUCAUAGGAUUGUUCCAAAAUUUGGUACUGUACCAAUGAUUCUUUGGGAAGAUAUUUAGAAAAUUUUGAAUCUGAUUUUUAAAAAAAUAAAUUAUGAAUAUUUAAAUUGAAAUUUGACCAUAAAAAUUUCAGUCUUUCUUCUCGUACAUUUUUUGAUUGUAUUGUUCUGAAACAUGGUACAAUUAUCAUCUGUGGCAGGCUCCACAAAUAUUAACUAAUAGAGAACUAUUUAGGAACAUUUGAAAGUCAGUCGCCUAGUGUUUUGAUUGGAUAGUUCUGAAACUUGGUACAUGAUUCUCCGGGGCAGUCUUCACAAAGUAAUAGAGAGAGAAUUAGAAUUUUAUUUUUGGUAAUGGACAAUGUGAAAGUCUAUAGAUCUUAUAGAAUUUUGAUCGGAUAGUUCUGAAACUUGUACUACAAUUAUCUUUAUUUUGUUAAUAUUAAACUUUAACAAAUUAACAUUGAAAUUAUGGAAGCCUGUUUGAAUAUUUUACUGGUAACAAAAUUGAAAAGGAAAUAGCAGAGCUCUUUUGGGGAGUAUUAGUGAAUUUGCAAAGAACUUUUUGUAAAUUACCUUAAAAUUGCUGUUUCAUAUUCGGUCAAAUUUACCUUGGAAAUUGUUAUUGUAAAACAAAACAAAAAGAUGUCAUACUUGGAUGGAAUUUUAGUAUUCAGCAUAUGCCAUCAUUAUUUUUUAGGUUUAUUUUGUAAAAUCUAAAUUAAUGUUUAUCAAAGUCAAAUCAUUCUUACUCUUUAGUUUAAAUAUAUACAAUUGUUAGAAAUUGAUGUAUAAACUUGGUGUAUCUGAAAACCAAACACGAGUGUACAUACCCUGUAUACAUCCGAUUGUUCAAGAUGUAGAUGUAUACAAAUUGGGUAUUUUGUCAUUCCUGGAAGCAAGCAGUGAAAGUGCCUUGGUUUAGACAAAUGUUUUCUCACCUUGAUGCUGGAGACCAGUCAAUACUAGUGAUCUUACUAAACAUGAUUUAAUCUCUUUUAAGGUUCUAGCAAUUUUAGUCAUUAUGUGUUACAUAGAUCUGUCUUUUGAAAGAUAAAUGUACUACUGUGGACUAGCAUUUGUCUGUAUACCAGUGGUUGAGAAAAUGAUUUCGACUCGUAUUUAUAGAAUGCAUAUUAUUGUCAUUUUUUUUAUAAAAACUAAUUAAAUAUAAUCUACCUGG